UCAACUAGUCGCCCUAAACCGCCACGGGAAUCGGGCGUCUAUUAGCAUAACAUAAUUUAAUUAAUAAUUAUUAUUUUAUACUAUUAAUCUAACAUAAAAAUAUUAUUUCAUUAUAAUAGUGAAUAGUGAAAAUAGAAAUAGAAAUAGAAAAUAAGUGAAUUAUUAUUUAGAAAUAAAAGUGUUAUUCUUAUUAUUAUAUAUUAUUAAAGCGGCGUAAUAUAACCAAUUAUUAAUUAUUAAAAUGGAAGAAUUAAUUUGGAAAAAUAGUAAUAUAUUUUAUAAUGUUCUGUGUUUUUUAAUAACGGAAAAUGAGAAAUUGUUUGAUAGAAGUGAUGCGAAAUUAUAUUGGACCACUGUGUAUCAUCUUUUUGGGGUCUUUCAUAACGUUUACAUAACCAUAUUUGCCGCUGGGUUGGACAUUAGGAGCAGCCCUAUUAUCGAUAUCGAUAAUCUAUACAGAUUUAAGGCUGGAUACCUGACUGGGUGGAACUUUCUGUUCCAAACGAUAUUCCUGACUAUGUCGCUGGUGUAUGACCUGAUGGAGUGGCUGGACCGACACGACUCCAGCCUCGGCAGGAAGCUGCGGUUCGCCAGGGAUGUCAUGUUCUCUGGUCUCGUGGUGCCUUUGACCCUGUUCAUAUCAUCAAUGUUCUGGACGCUGUUCUGGAUCGACCGGGAGCUGGUGUUUCCCCAAGUCUACGACCAGCUCGUGCCGUGGUGGUUCAACCACUGCGUCCACACCAACAUUGCCAUUGUGGUGCUGAUCGAAACGCUGCUGCAGGCCAGGAGACAUCCCACCCAUUAUAAGCUGGAGCUCUGGCUGACAGGCGGCGCUGGAGUGUUGUAUGCUAUUGUGUACUACUCAAUCUAUUUCUCCACCCACCGCUGGCUGUACGGAGUCUUCGGCAUCAUGACCUGGUGGCAAGUCUGCCUCUAUCAACUCCUGAUCUGGUCUUCCACCUUCCUCUUCUACUACAUCCAGUUCCCCAUCAACAGGAUAUUCCACCGAGAAGAUACUUCUACAGAGAAGAGUGUGACCCACGAGCCAAAGACUGGCACGCCAAACAAUGGCUAUGAAGAGCCUUCGUCUGGCGUGCCAGAGUCUUGGCUGAAACAGCGACCAAAAAGUCAGAUUGAAAAUUCUAGUUUUUGAUUUAGUUUACCUAGGUUUUGGUUUUAAAAUAUGGUUUUUGGAUUUCUCGCCCACCUUGAGAUAGUAUGCUUUAAAGAUUUGAGUAUAUGGUAUAAAAAAAAUGUUUUUUUUUU